AUGUUUCCAUGUCCCACCUGCUCACCUACAGCCAACAACACCUACCUACUCGACAGAGCUCUAACAGCAGUGAUCCAAACACAGCAGACUGUGCUGGCAGCAGUGGGAGAAGAUGCUGAAUUCAGCUGUCAGCUCUUGGAGACUAAAGACGUCCUUCAGGUCACAUGGCAGAAAAGCUCACAUCAUGGGGAGGCAAAUGUUGCCACCUACAGCAAGCACUUUGGUCAGAGAGUGAAUGAGGGCUUUACAGAUAAAUUUGAGUUUAAAUAUACUGGACUACAGAACUGCUCCAUAGUCAUCAGGAAUGUGAUGGAGCAAGAUGAAGGCUGCUAUCCAUGUCUGUUUAAUACUUACCCUGAAGGUUCCUUCACAGGUAAACCCUGCCUCCAAGUCUAUGAGCUGCAUGACCCUGUUGUUGAUGUCAGACAGUCAAACUCUACUGAAGAGUGGGUUGUUUCCUGUUCAGCCACUGGUCGACCUGCUCCCACUUUAACACUCAGUGUCUCACAACAACACCUCAACUUGUCACUGUACAACACUGUCAGUGUGUCCAACACCAACGCUACAUUCACUGUCACCACUACAGCUGUGCUCUCAGGUUCACGUAACCACAGCACACAGGUGGGAUGUGCAGCACGAGUGCUCUCUGCUCCUCACAGAGAGGUGAUGGUGACGAUUCCUAAUGAUGGAGAUGACGAUGAUGAUCUUAAUGAGAAAUCAGGAUCUAAUCCCAGAAAUUUAGGAAUCAGGAUUUCAGUCAUUCUGUCCUCUGUGGUGUUGGUGGCCUGUGCUCCUGCAUUCAUCUUUGUUGGGUAUAAAAAGAAACCUCAGAGCAGGUACUCGUCAUAA